GCAGCAGCUAGCACGAGGAGGCAUGUAGUAGUAGUACUUCCUGGUACCUCCUACCUCCUAGGCACGCACGCGCACUGCACACGCCCGGCCCAGAGGACUGCGUGUGUACCUGUAGAAAACCUGCCUGCCGCACUCGAUUACCUGGAGUGGCGUGGCGGAUAGAGCGUACUGCAUCAUCUCGCCAGAUUUCCUUCUCCCCAAUCCCAUCCUGACCAUGCACCAGAUACUGCACUCAGCAGACCUGCCUCGCUCCAUAUCUCCCACCCCAACACGAGCAGACUUCUCUCGAGCGGACCCCGUCCCCACAUGCUGCGCACAGGGUACGAUGCCUGAAGCCAUCCUCGACGACAUCUCCCACCGACGCUACAACCCACUCCGAGGAUCGUGGGUGCUGGUGUCACCUCAUCGGACGAAGCGGCCAUGGCAAGGCCAACAGGAGGAAGCGAGCAAGAACGUACUGCCACAAUACGAUCCCUCGUGCUAUCUGUGUCCGCGAAACAAACGAGCACAAGGAGAUGCGAAUCCAGACUAUGACAGCACAUUCGUGUUUGUGAACGACUAUUCGGCAGUCAAAGAACAACAAGCAGAAUAUGCGCCACCAAAAGGGAGCGGCACAUUAGCAUCACGUCUGCUCAAAGCCGAAAGCACAACCGGGAAGUGCUAUGUGAUUACCUUCUCACCCUCGCAUAACAUCACUCUCGCCGACAUGCCCGCUCAAGACAUCAUGCCCGUGAUCGAUACCUGGACCAAAAUCUACACAGCACAUCUCGAUCCACGCUCACCUCUCGCUCAAUGUGCCAGCCCGAUGUCGAACGGAACAACAAUCGAAGCGCCACGAGACCAAUAUCGAUAUAUGCAAAUCUUCGAGAACAAGGGCGCAGCAAUGGGCUGUUCGAAUCCUCACCCCCAUGGCCAAAUCUGGACGACAACAUCACUUCCAGAAGAGCCCAGUCUCGAACUGCAACACAUGCAGCAGUAUCGUCAAGAAGAGAAUGGCUCGCAUCUGCUAGUCGAUUACGCCAAACUCGAAUGCGAAAAGGGCGAACGAACAGUCUAUGAGAAUCGAAGUUUCUGGGCUGGUUGUCCCUGGUGGGCCACCUGGCCAUUCGAAGUCAUGGUCAUAUCCAAAUCUCACAAACGCGCUCUCGUCGAUUUCGAUCAAAGCGAAAAAGAAGAUCUCGCAGAUGUUCUAUCCGAAGUCACUCGAAGAUAUGAUAAUCUCUUCGAAACCAACUUUCCCUACAGCAUGGGCCUCCACCAAGCUCCCCUCACAGGCACCCCGGAAGAAAUCGAAGCCUCACAUUUCCACAUUCACUUCUAUCCACCUCUCCUCCGAAGCGCGACCGUGAGAAAAUUCCUCGUGGGAUAUGAAAUGAUGGCGGAGCCACAACGUGAUAUUACGCCUGAACAGGCCGCGAAGAGAUUGAGGGAGUGUGGUGGGGAAUUGUAUCGGAAAUAGAAGAAAAGGAAAAAGAAAAGGUUGUGGGUUAUUGUGAUUGAUGGUAAAUCGCUACCGCUACCUUUUUUUUCUUUUGGCUUUUGCUCGGGGGCGAGAGGAGGUACUUACCUUAUACCCCUGUCUAUCCGUAUAUGCAUAUAUACAUACAUACAUAGUUGCUUGCUUGCUUGCUUGUUGCUGCGGAGGAACUAUGUAUGUAUGUAGGAGGAUGGAUCGAUGAAUGGAUGAAUGGAUCAUCAUCGAGAGGCGGGGCGAUUCACUUAGCGCAAGGCAUGGAUUCCCCUUGACAUCUUUUUUGUUCUUUUGUAGUCUAGUAGCCGAAGACAAUACACAUUAGAGAAGAAGAAGAAGAAGAAGAAGAAGAAGAAUUGAAAGCAAA